UCCCGGCUCCCCUCAGCCCGCAGCCGCCGCCCGGGCCCGCGGGAAGGACAUGGCCGCGCACAAGCCGGUGGAGUGGGUCCAGGCCGUGGUGAACCGCUUCGACGAGCAGCUUCCAAUAAAAGCCGGACAGCAGAGCACGCACACCAAAGUCAGUACUGAACACAACAAGGAGUGUCUUAUCAACAUUUCUAAAUACAAGUUUUCUUUGGUUAUAAGUGGUCUCACCAAUAUAUUAAAAAAUGUUAAUAAUAUGAGAAUAUUUGGAGAAGCUGCCGAAAAGAAUUUGUAUCUCUCUCAAUUGAUUAUAUUGGAUACACUGGAAAAAUGUCUUGCCGGGCAACCAAAGGACACCAUGCGAUUGGAUGAGACUAUGCUGGUCAAGCAGUUGCUGCCGGAAAUCUGCCAUUUUAUCCACACCUAUCGGGAAGGAAACCAACAUGCAGCUGAGCUGCGGAAUUCUGCCUCGGGAGUUCUCUUCUCUCUCAGCUGUAAUAACUUCAAUGCAGUCUUCAGCCGUAUUUCCACCAGGUUACAGGAGCUGACUGUGUGCUCAGAAGAUAAUGUUGAUGUCCAUGAUAUAGAAUUGUUACAGUACAUCAAUGUGGACUGUGCAAAGCUGAAGCGACUGCUGCAGGAAACAGUAUUUAAGUUUAAAGCCCUUAAGAAAGUAGCUCAGCUGGCAGUUAUAAACAGUCUGGAAAAAGCAUUUUGGAACUGGGUAGAGAACUAUCCUGAUGAAUUUACAAAGUUGUACCAGACUCCCCAGACAGACAUGGCUGAUUGUGCCGAAAAGUUGUUUGACUUGGUGGAUGGUUUUGCUGAAAGCACGAAACGUAAAGCAGCAGUUUGGCCAUUGCAAAUCAUUCUUCUUGUCCUGUGCCCAGAAAUAAUCCAAGAUAUAUCCAAGGAUGUGGUGGAAGAAACCAAAAUAAAUAAGAAGUUGUUUCUGGAAAAUCUCAGAAAAGCACUCGCUGGCCAUGGUGGAAGUAGGCAACUGACUGAAAGUGCUGCUAUUGCUUGUGUCAAAUUGUGCAAAGCAAGUACCUACAUCAACUGGGAAGAUAACUCUGUCAUUUUCCUAUUAGUACAGUCCAUGGUGGUAGAUCUUAAGAACCUGCUGUUUAAUCCAACUAAACCCUUCUCAAGAGGCAAUCAGAAUGCAGAUGUGGAUCUAAUGAUUGACUGUUUAGUUUCUUGUUUUCGCAUAAACCCUCACAACAACCAACACUUUAAGAUCUGCUUGGCCCAGAGUUCUCCAUCCACAUUUCAUUACGUGCUGGUAAAUUCACUCCAUCGAAUCAUCACAAAUUCUGCUCUGGAUUGGUGGCCCAAGAUUGAUGCGGUGUACUGCCAUUCAGUUGAACUCCGCAGCAUGUUCGGUGAAACGCUUCACAAAGCAGUGCAGGGCUGUGGAGCCCAUCCAGCAAUACGAAUGGCCACGAUGCCAACCAGUCACUGUUUUGCAUGGCAGUGGGCUUCUGUGGCUAGUCUUACAUUCAAAGAAAAAAUGACAAGUCUUAAAUUUAAAGAAAAACCUACAGACUUGGAAACAAGAAGUUAUAAAUAUCUCCUGUUGUCCAUGGUGAAACUAAUCCAUGCCGAUCCAAAGCUGUUGCUCUGUAAUCCGAGGAAACAAGGGCCCGAAACCCAGGGCAGCACAGCAGAGUUAAUCACAGGACUUGUCCAGCUUGUUCCCCAGUCAAACAUGCCAGAAAUAGCCCAAGAAGCCAUGGAGGCUUUGUUGGUUCUUCAUCAAUUAGAGAGUAUUGAUUUAUGGAAUCCUGAUGCACCUAUAGAAACAUUUUGGGAGAUUAGUUCGCAAAUGCUUUUUUACAUCUGUAAGAAGCUAACCAGUCACCAGAUGCUUAGCAGCACAGAAAUUCUCAAAUGGCUGCGGGAAAUUUUGAUCUGCAGGAAUAAAUUCCUUCUUAAAAAUAAGCAGUCAGAUAGGAGUUCCUGCCACUUCCUUUUCCUUUAUGGGGUAGCAUGUGACGUCUCUUCUGGUGGGGGUGCUAGUCAAAUCUCUCUAGACCAUGAAGAGUUAAUACGCACCUGUACUCCGGGAGCAUCCCUCAGGAAGGGGAAAGGAAACUCAUCCAUGGACAGUACAGUCGGAUGCAGCGGAACUCCAAUAUGCCGCCAAGCUCAGACUAAGCUAGAAGUUGCUCUCUACAUGUUCCUCUGGAGCCCCGACAUUGAGGCCGUCCUUGUCGCCAUGUCCUGUUUCCGCCACCUCUGUGAAGAAGCUGACAUUAGGUGUGGGGUAGAUGAAGUUUCCGUGCAUAAUUUCUUGCCAAACUACAAUACCUUCAUGGAGUUUGCCUCCGUCAGCAAUAUGAUGUCUACAGGAAGAGCGGCACUUCAAAAGAGGGUGAUGGCACUGUUGAGACGAAUUGAACAUCCAACUGCCGGCAACACUGAGGCAUGGGAAGACACUCAUACAAAAUGGGAACAAGCUACGAAGCUGAUCCUUAACUAUCCAAAAGCCAAAAUGGAAGAUGGCCAGGUAACCGAAAGUCUUCACAAGACCAUUGUAAAGCGGCGAAUGUCUCACGUGAGCGGGGGAGGAUCCAUCGAUUUGUCUGACACGGACUCCCUGCAGGAGUGGAUCAAUAUGACGGGCUUCCUUUGUGCUCUCGGUGGGGUGUGCCUGCAGCACCGUGGCAACGCGGGCUUGGCCACCUACAGCCCACCUAUGGGCCCAGUCAGUGAGCGAAAGGGUUCCAUGAUUUCUAUGGUAUCCACCGAAGGAAAUACCGAGACGCCCGUCAGCAAGUUCAUGGACCGGUUGCUCUCCCUGAUGGUGUGCAACCACGAGAAAGUGGGACUCCAAAUACGGACGAAUAUCAAGGACCUGGUGGGUCUCGAAUUAAGUCCUGCACUUUAUCCGAUGCUAUUCAACAAGUUGAAGAACACCAUCAGCAAAUUUUUUGACUCUCAAGGGCAGGUGUUGCUGAAUGAUACCAAUACCCAAUUUGUAGAGCAGACCAUAGCGAUAAUGAAGAACUUGCUGGAUAAUCACACCGAAGGCAGCUCGGAGCACCUGGGGCAAGCCAGCAUAGAAACAAUGAUGCUCAAUCUAGUCAGGUACGUUCGUGUGCUUGGGAAUUUGGUACACGCAAUUCAGAUUAAAACGAAACUGUGCCAGUUAGUUGAAGUAAUGAUGGAGAGGCGAGAUGAUCUUUCGUUUUGCCAAGAAAUGAAAUUUAGGAACAAGAUGGUGGAAUAUCUGACAGAUUGGGUCAUGGGGACAUCGAACCAAGCAACAGAUGAAGAUGUAAAGUGUUUAACAAGAGAUUUGGACCAGGCAAGCAUGGAAGCAGUUGUGUCUCUUCUUGCUGGACUCCCCCUGCAGCCGGAAGAAGGAGAUGGUGUGGAAUUGAUGGAAGCCAAGUCCCAGUUAUUUCUUAAGUAUUUCACUUUGUUUAUGAACCUUCUCAAUGACUGCAGUGAGGUUGAAGAUGAAAACGCCCAAGCGGGAGGCAGGAAACGUGGGAUGUCUCGAAGACUGGCUUCCCUGAGGCACUGUACCGUGCUUGCUAUGUCAAACUUACUCAACGCUAACGUGGACAGCGGCCUUAUGCAUUCCAUAGGUUUAGGUUAUCACAAAGAUCUCCAAACGAGAGCCACGUUCAUGGAAGUCCUCACGAAAAUUCUCCAGCAGGGCACCGAGUUUGACACGUUAGCGGAGACCGUAUUGGCCGAUCGAUUUGAGAGGCUGGUGGAAUUAGUCACGAUGAUGGGUGAUCAAGGAGAGCUUCCCAUAGCAAUGGCCCUGGCCAACGUGGUACCUUGUUCACAAUGGGAUGAGUUAGCUCGGGUUCUCGUCACUCUCUUUGAUUCACGCCACUUACUCUACCAGCUGCUUUGGAACAUGUUUUCUAAGGAAGUUGAGCUGGCAGAUUCCAUGCAGACUCUCUUCAGGGGGAACAGUCUGGCCAGUAAAAUAAUGACAUUCUGCUUUAAGGUUUACGGUGCUACAUAUCUGCAAAAGCUUUUGGAACCUUUACUGAGGACUGUCAUCACGUCGAUGGAAUGGCAGCACGUCAGCUUUGAGGUGGAUCCUACAAGGUUAGAGCCUACAGAGAGCCUUGAUGAUAACCAACGGAGUCUCUUACAAAUGACUGAAAAGUUCUUCCAUGCUAUCAUCAAUUCCUCCUCAGAGUUUCCCCCUCAGCUUCGCAGUGUGUGCCAUUGUUUGUACCAGGCAACUUGCCACUCUCUACUGAAUAAAGCUACAGUAAAAGAAAAAAAGGAAAACAAAAAAUCAGUGGUUAGCCAGCGUUUUCCUCAGAACAGUAUUGGUGCAGUAGGAAGUGCCAUGUUCCUCAGAUUCAUCAAUCCUGCCAUUGUCUCGCCGUAUGAGGCUGGGAUCUUAGAUAAAAAGCCUCCGCCUAGAAUUGAGAGGGGCUUGAAGUUAAUGUCAAAGAUACUUCAGAGUAUUGCCAAUCAUGUCCUGUUCACAAAAGAAGAGCAUAUGAGGCCUUUUAAUGACUUUGUGAAAAGCAACUUCGAUGCAGCCCGAAGGUUUUUCCUCGAUAUAGCGUCUGAUUGUCCUGCAAGCGAUUCAGUAAAUCACAGCCUCUCCUUCAUCAGUGAUGGCAAUGUACUUGCUUUACAUCGUUUGCUCUGGAACAACCAAGAAAAGAUCGGCCAAUAUCUUUCCAGCAACAGGGACCACAAGGCUGUUGGACGUCGACCCUUUGACAAGAUGGCUACACUCCUUGCGUAUCUGGGCCCUCCUGAGCACAAGCCCGUAGCAGAUACCCACUGGUCCAGCCUGAAUCUGACCAGUUCCAAAUUUGAGGAGUUCAUGACCAGACACCAGGUACAUGAAAAAGAGGAAUUUAAAGCAUUGAAAACAUUAAAUAUCUUCUAUCAAGCAGGGACUUCCAAGGCCGGGAAUCCAGUUUUUUAUUACAUUGCACGGAGGUUCAAGACCGGUCAGAUCAAUGGGGAUUUGCUGAUAUACCACGUCUUGCUGACUCUCAAGCCAUAUUAUGCCAAGCCAUAUGAGAUCGUCGUGGACCUUACCCACGCCGGCCCCAGCAAUCGCUUUAAAACAGACUUUCUCUCCAAGUGGUUUGUCGUUUUCCCUGGCUUUGCGUACGAAAAUGUGUCUGCUGUUUACAUCUACAACUGUAAUUCUUGGGUCAGGGAGUACACCAAAUACCACGAGAGACUGCUCACUGGCCUCAAAGGCAGCAAGAGACUUAUUUUCAUAGACUCGCCUGGAAAAUUGGCUGAGCACAUCGAGCACGACCAGCAGAAACUGCCGGCUGCCACUUUGGCUUUAGAAGAGGAUUUGAAGGUGUUCCACAAUGCUCUCAAACUGGCCCACAAAGACACCAAGGUUUCUAUUAAAGUUGGCUCGACUGCCGUUCAGGUCACAUCAGCCGAACGGACAAGGGUCUUGGGGCAGUCGGUUUUCCUGAACGACAUCUAUUACGCCUCAGAGAUCGAGGAGAUCUGCCUCGUUGACGAAAACCAGUUCACUUUAACCAUUGCUAACCAAGGCACUCCACUCACCUUCAUGCACCAAGAGUGCGAAGCCAUCGUUCAAUCCAUCAUCCACAUACGGACACGGUGGGAGCUGUCUCAACCCGACUCCAUCCCCCAGCACACGAAAAUCCGGCCGAAGGAUGUCCCCGGAACGCUCCUGAAUAUCGCGUUGCUUAAUCUGGGCAGCUCAGACCCUAGUUUACGGUCAGCUGCCUAUAAUCUUCUGUGUGCCUUAACCUGUACCUUUAAUUUAAAGAUUGAAGGCCAGUUGCUAGAGACUUCAGGUCUGUGUAUCCCUGCCAACAACACCCUUUUUAUUGUCUCUAUUAGUAAGACCUUGGCAGCUAAUGAGCCACACCUCACCCUGGAGUUUUUGGAAGAGUGUAUUUCUGGAUUUAGCAAAUCUAGUAAUGGGUCUUGCUCUUCUACCUCUUUCUCUUCAGAACACCUACACUUAAUUUUGGAAUAUCCACAUUUUAAUCAAGGUAUUGAGCUGAAGCACCUUUGCUUAGAAUAUAUGACUCCCUGGCUAUCAAAUCUAGUGCGUUUCUGUAAACACAAUGAUGAUGCCAAACGCCAGCGAGUCACUGCUAUUCUUGACAAGCUCAUAACAAUGACGAUUAAUGAGAAACAGAUGUAUCCAUCUAUCCAAGCCAAGAUCUGGGGAAGUCUUGGACAGAUUACAGAUCUGCUUGAUGUCGUGCUGGACAGUUUCAUCAAAACCAGUGCAACUGGUGGCUUGGGCUCUAUAAAGGCUGAGGUGAUGGCAGACACAGCUGUGGCUCUUGCUUCCGGAAAUGUGAAACUCGUUUCGAGUAAGGUCAUCGGGAGAAUGUGCAAAAUAAUCGACAAGACCUGCCUGUCUCCAACUCCCACCUUAGAACAACACCUCAUGUGGGACGAUAUUGCCAUCCUUGCCCGAUACAUGCUGAUGCUGUCCUUUAACAACUCUCUCGACGUGGCAGCCCACCUGCCCUAUCUCUUCCAUGUUGUUACUCUGUUGGUGGCCACUGGUCCUCUGUCCCUUAGAGCUUCCACUCACGGACUGGUCAUCAACAUCAUUCAUUCUCUGUGCACUUGUUCACAGCUUCAUUUCAGUGAGGAGACCAAGCAAGUUUUGAGGCUCAGCUUGACAGAGUUCUCAUUACCCAAGUUUUAUUUGCUGUUUGGCAUCAGCAAAGUCAAGUCGGCAGCUGUCAUAGCCUUCCGGUCCAGUUACCGGGACAGGUCUUUCUCACCUGGUUCCUACGAGAGGGAGACGUUUGCCUUGACAUCCCUGGAGACCGUGACAGAGGCUCUACUGGAGAUUAUGGAGGCUUGUAUGAGAGAUAUUCCAACGUGCAAGUGGCUGGACCAAUGGACAGAACUAGCACAAAAAUUUGCAUUCCAGUAUAAUCCAUCACUCCAGCCAAGAGCCCUCGUUGUCUUCGGUUGUAUCAGCAAAAGGGUAUCUCACGGGCAGAUAAAACAAAUUAUCCGUAUUCUUAGCAAGGGACUUGAGAGCUGUCUAAAGGGACCUGAUAAUUACAACAGUCAAGUUCUGAUAGAAGCCACAGUAAUAGCACUGACCAAAUUACAGCCACUUUUGAAUAAGGAUUCUCCUAUGCACAAAGCCCUCUUUUGGGUGGCUAUGGCUGUGUUGCAGCUGGAUGAAGUUAACUUGUAUUCAGCUGGGACAGCACUUCUUGAGCAGAACCUGCACACGUUAGAUAGUCUCCGGGUAUUCAAUGACAAGAGUCCAGAAGAAGUCUUCAUGGAAAUCCGAAAUCCGCUUGAAUGGCACUGCAAACAAAUGGAUCAUUUUGUUGGACUCAAUUUUAACUCUAAUUUUAAUUUUGCACUAGUAGGACACCUUUUAAAAGGAUACAGGCAUCCUUCUCCUAUCAUUGUUGCAAGAACAGUAAGGAUCUUACACACACUACUAGCUCUGGUUAACAAACAUAGGAACUGUGACAAAUUUGAGGUGAAUACCCAGAGUGUGGCUUACUUAGCAGCUUUGCUUACAGUGUCUGAGGAAGUGCGAAGUCGCUGUAGCCUAAAACAUAGGAAAUCACUGCUGCUGACAGAUGUCUCUAUGGAAAAUGUUCCUAUGGAUACAUAUCCCAUCCAUCACAACGAUCCCAGCUGUAGGACACUAAAGGAAAAUCAACCAUGGUCCUCCCCAAAGGGCUCCGAGAGACAUCUCGCCGCCAGCUACCCGACUGUUGGUCAGACCAGCCCCCGAACCCGGAAGUCCAUGAGUUUGGAUAUGGGACAGCCUUCCCAGGCCAACACUAAGAAGCUGCUUGGAACCAGGAAAAGCUUUGACCACUUGAUAUCAGACACAAAGGCUCCUAAAAGGCAAGAAAUGGAAUCUGGGAUCACCACCCCUCCCAAAAUGAGGAGAGUGGCCGAGAAUGACUAUGAAAUGGAAACCCAGAGAAUCUCCUCACCUCAACAGCACCCACACCUGCGCAAAGUUUCUGUGUCUGAAUCAAAUGUACUUCUUGAUGAAGAAGUUCUAACCGAUCCCAAAAUCCAAGCCCUGCUGCUUACUGUCCUGGCUACACUGGUAAAAUACACUACAGACGAGUUUGAUCAACGGAUCCUUUAUGAAUAUUUAGCCGAGGCCAGUGUUGUCUUCCCUAAAGUUUUUCCAGUUGUGCACAAUCUGUUGGACUCCAAGAUUAAUACCCUUCUGUCGCUAUGCCAAGAUCCAAAUCUACUGAAUCCAAUUCAUGGGAUCGUGCAGAGCGUGGUCUACCAUGAAGAGUCGCCACCACAGUACCAAACCUCUUAUCUACAAAGUUUUGGUUUUAAUGGCUUGUGGAGGUUUGCGGGACCAUUUUCUAAGCAAACCCAAAUUCCAGACUAUGCUGAGCUGAUUGUGAAAUUUCUCGAUGCCUUGAUUGACACGUAUUUGCCUGGAAUUGAUGAAGAAGCCAGUGAGGAGUCCUUACUGACCCCCACCUCUCCUUAUCCUCCAGCAGUGCAGAGCCAGCUGAGCAUUACUGCUAAUCUUAACCUUUCUAAUUCCAUGACCUCACUUGCAACUUCCCAGCAUUCCCCAGCUUCUCUGCCUUGCUCUAAAUCGGCAGUUUUCAUGCAGCCGCUUCCUCAUUCAGGCAUUGACAAGGAGAAUGUGGAGCUCUCUCCGACCACUGGCCACUCCAACAGUGGGAGGACACGCCACGGCUCCGCAAGCCAAGUGCAAAAGCAGCGAAGUGCCGGCAGUUUCAAACGUCACAGUAUCAAGAAGAUCGUGUGAAGCUUUUUUCCUCUUCUCUCCUUCCCCUCGCACCCCCCCCCACCUUUUUUUUUUCUUUCGGAAAACAGACUUAACCUAAUGUGGGCUUCUCACUAGUGACCACUCCCACCACCACCGCCAGUCGUGAUGCUGCACUUUUCCCAUUUCCAUUCAGUCAGCCAUGUUGCCAGACGAUCAACUCCUGAAAGCAUUGCCCAGAUUGAAUGUCCCCAUUUCUUCUUCGAUUCCACCGUCCUUCCCUCCCUCCACACAGCCGUUAGCGUCAGCCUGUUGGUUUAAGCCAGUGUUUCUGAACAACUCCAGUGAGCAGUUGGAAGACUAGGAAACUUGGAAAAGGAUCAUUUAAAUGAGGGGAGAGGCUAGGGUUUUUUGACCAGUUCUCUUGAGGUUUGAAAGCCAUUUGUCGUACAGUUCUACCUUGCUUCUGUCCUUUGCCUUGUCUUCUAAAGAAAAGUGAUAGUCUUAUUUGCACACUUUUCAAGUUAGUGGCUUUCUGGAAGAAAUGGCAUUGUGAUCCCACUUUACUUGGGUCUGAUUCUUAAUCAAGGACUUUUUUCCCACCAUCCAAAGGCGAAAAAACCCCAGGCAUUGUCCCUCGACGGCAUGUCACGCUGUAAGCCAAACCAGAAGAGGUACUUUGAAGAAGACUGUGCAUUUUGUUGUAUGUUCUUGAGAAAAUAUCUCUUGGGCUUUAGCAAUAAUUACAAGAGGGAGAAGUGUUCUCGCACAUAUCUUUCCAUUCCCCAACUCUAAACUCGACCUACCAGGACCGAAUAGAAGACUUAGUGGAAUGCACGCUGGGGUGGGCUGGUUCUGGUAUUUUUUUCCCCAGUUAUUCCUCUGUUAAACUCUGAAUUCGUGAACACAGUUAUGCUGUGAAUUCAGGCCAGUCAAAGCCGAGCAUGCCUACGUGUUUCUACCUAUCCCUUACUCUUCUCCUUCCUCCUGCUUAAUGCCCUGUCUCAAAUUCUCGUCUACAAGUAAUUCCAGGCAGGAUAGCCUGUGAAGUUGGAGGUGGAAAUCACCAAAAGGGAAUUCUCAUAUACGCUGGCAUUUAAUUAAGGAAAUUUCAAUCUUCCCUCCCAACGAGCAUUUGCUCUUGAGCGAAGUGAAAAUGGUACGAGAUUUAUUUUGGGGGGGGGGGGGUAGAUUAACUGACACUCCUGCUUUUCCUUUACUGAAAUGCAGUCUCAGACGAUGUAUGCAGUGCAAUUUAUGUAAGCGAUUUUCAUGGUAAGUUGUGCUGUGGAAUUGUAGUUCGAAUUCGGGGAAAAAACAAACAAAACCCAGCAGGGGGUGUGUGGAGUUGAUGCUAAAUCGAAACUGCGUCCAUUCACUGUGAAAGCCCGGUCAACCUGCAGUAGUGAAGUAGCAAGACGUGGCGAAGAGGUGCUGCUCUACCCAAGGAGUGGAAGGUGGCCGUGCCCCAGCCGUGCCCCAGCUCUGCCGGACGGUUAGCAAACUGCCCCGAGAGACUCGGCGUUGACUGGGGGUAAUUUGAAAUCCACGGACCUGACAGCUGAGGGUUCAACUUUAGGGCUACGGUUACGUUUGCUGCAAAAGGUAUCGUCAGCUUCCUAGCACCGGGUCCCUGUCGCAUGUACGGACUUUAAACACUUCAUGAAAGGCUCUGAAGGAAAGAAAUCUCGUUUAGCAGUUUAUUUUUCAUUUGGUUUUUUGGUUGGUUUUCUUCCUCUAGUGCUCUUUCAUUAGUGGCUUUUAGUGAAUCCAAUUCCACAGCUAAGUUAAUAGAGAAUGGUACAAGUAGGUGUUCAGAUUUUAAUAAUAUAGCACAUAAUCCACAUUUACUCACACAGUAACAGCGUAAUAAGUUGAUGUAAAUAAAAAAUUGCCUUUAUUGUAUUCUGAAAAUAACAAUUUUUUUUAUUUGUUUACAGUCCUGGAAAAACUAUGAACACAAACUUAAUAUGCAAAUAGUUUGCCAAAAUAAGAGAAGACGUAGUGUUAGUAGUUAUAUUGAAGUAGAUAGCGUGGGAAAAUAUUUGACGACUUGUGCAAUUUCACCAAACUUUUUAAAAUGGGAAAUCCUUGAUCCUAUAGAAGCUGCAGUAGAAAUGUAAUAAUUCAGAGGGCCUAACCCGAUGAAGGCGCUAGCUAGGAGCAUUUAGAACUGGAUUUUGGAAGAGACCAGUGACCCGUGGCCAGGUACUGAACUAUCGUGUGUGUGCUCUCUUGGUUCUCCCACCCAGCUGGUUAGGUGCUAGUCCAGAUCAAUCAGUGUAAGACUUUGAUGAUUUUCAUUCAGGCUCAUUUUAGGUAGUUUUUUCUAAGAGUUUGGUAUCUGAGGAUGAACAUUAGGAUGCUCUUUAAUUCUUCCUUCAAAAGAGAAUUUGAACAAUUUGUUAUGCUCAUUUAUGCUAGAGAGAUUGUUAGCUUUUUAAUCCAUUUGACUUGUGUCUCCCCCCCGGCCAUCCCAUGCCAAUUUUCUAAGGCACUGAUCCCCUGACUUUGAUUUAAGGAUUCAUUCCCCUCAGCGUUCUGUCAUGUCAUGUGAUAAAUGUGGCACAGAUCAGAAGCGAAGUGCACCAAAGUUUAGGUGAUUGACGAGUGUUUAUCUUAGGAAAUUGAAAACCGAUUUAGAUGCAGAAUGUCUCCAAUCGCAUAACCGUGCCGGACAACUGAGGAAAACUAAGAAUUUCCAGGUGACUAAAAUGAAUGCUGUGUAAGUUUGGCCACGAAAUGGAACUUUCUCACAAAUCUUCUUCCCUGAACAAAUUAAAGCAUUUUUUUCAGACCUGGUACUUGAAAUCUAUUGUUUGCCUAUUUGAAUCUUAGAGCAUGUUACUCGUUGUGCAUUACCCAAGUCAAGAUGUAUAAAAUCCCCCCAAAAAAUCAUUUAUAAUUUCCCUUGUUUUCCUUUUUGAGAGGGAAGGGAGGCUAACUCAGUUAUAUUGUAAUAGUGCAUAACCUAUUAAACCAAUGGCUCAACUCAUUUGCAUGCACUUAUUUUCAGUAAAAGAGAAAUAUUUUGUUAGGUUUUGGGAACUGAGCUUUUGGGAAAAGUUGCCAUUGCUCUACCCCUAACUGAUCGGUAGGUUCUUAGGGCUUUCCGUUCUAGAGUUUCAUUUUAUUUUUAAUUUUUUACUUUUCCAGAUGUAUUGAAGCAUGUCUUAUUAAAAAUAUUAUGCAACAGACUUACCACCGAAAGGUCACUCAGUGUCAGCCACAUGAUUUUUUUUUAAUGCAGUAUAUUCACCUGUAAAUAGUUUUUGUGUAAAAUUUGACAGAAAAGUAUAUUUACUACACUGUAAAUACAUGUGAUGAUAUAUUGUAUUAUUUUGCUUUUUUGUAAAGCAGUUAGUUGCUGUACAUGGAUAACAUACAAAUUUGAUUAUUCUCGUGUUAGUAUUGUUAACUUCUCUCUCCUUCCCGCCACCGCGUUGUCAUUUAAAGAAAUGCUGUGUACUAUAAACUUACAUGGUGUAUGAUAACUUCCUCUUCUUUCCAUCUCGGCCUAAACUUUGACAAUGUUUCCUUAUCUACAAUCCUGUUAAAACUGUAAGCGAACGUUACGCCAGCAGGAGAAAUACUGCCGAAAAAAGCCAGAAUUGGUCAUUGUAGGUAAGACUGUAGAAGUCACGGUCUCAAAUCAUUGUUGUUCUCCACCCCGUUACCUUCCUCAUGUAUGUACUUCCCCUUUUUUGGAAGUAAAUUGUAAAUUCAACUUAC